AUGCCCCGUUUUAUGGUAGCCGUUGCAUGGAUGAUCCUUUCCCCUCUUGCUGUCAUCACUGACACCAUUGGCGUAGUCGUCUGCCUUCACUACAGACCCAGCUUCCACAGCUGCGAUGUGGCGUUCAUCUCCAUUUUUGUUACUAUGGCAGCUAGCUCUGCCAUACUGUUUCCGGUUCCAGCAAUAAUCAAGCUAGGGGAUCUGUCUUGGAAUAAAAAUCUGUGCCUGUUCUACACCUGGCUGGCAAUAGCACUGCGUACCUCACAUCUUUUAGUGCUGCUGGUCUUGAAUGUCUAUUGGGUAGCCUCACUGCGGAUGUCCACAAAGGGACGCAUGUUCCAGUCAACGACGCCCAUGAAGGCAACCAUCGGAGCCUGUUGGAUUGUCUCGCUCCUUGUCGGACUCCCACCAGUCAACGAGGUCUGCAGCUUUCUUCCAGCGGACGUCCACGUCGGCUAUGCCGUCUUCUUUAUUAUAUUAUCCCUCGUUUCUGUCAUCAUGGGUUUCAUCAGCACCCUGGACACACUUCUGUUGCUAAGAAGUAUUAGAGACGCUGUGGCCAGUAGGCACAGGACAGCGGGAAUUCAGGCCCCGACUUUCUCGGGGGCUGUCGAUGGCAGAUCUCAAGCGCAUGUGGAGCACAAGGAGCUGAAUGUAUCCAUAGAACUGUGCAGCCUGAUUAUGUAUUUCUCCGUGGGGUCUGCAGCAAUGAACGCCCUUCCUUUACUGGUGUCGCAGUUCAUGGAGCUGACCCAGACUCUAGACCUGCAGGUGCUUGAAGUGGCGUUGUUGUGGCUGUUGCUGAUCGAAUCCUUGGUACUGCCUCACGUGCUCUGGGCGCUGAGCAGACGGUACCGACAUGCAGGGGCGUACACCUGGAAGGUUUUUGUGCUGAGGGACCAAGGUGCCGUGGAGGCAGACGCAGCUGUCUGUACUCUGCAAGCAUUCAGAACGAAGGUCAAGGACGCUGACGACAUGCAUCGAGUGAGGUCGCUGCAG